ACCAAGAAACAAGAACGGCCAUGGAAGAUAACUACGGAAUUCCAAUUCUAGACAUAAAAGUUCAUAAAGUCAUUUCACCACUCGGCCGUGGAGCCAAGGGUGUGGUAUUCUUGCUUCAUACCAAAACCGAAUCUCCAAAAGAACAGUUUCUAGCUCUAAAAGUGGUUUCCAAAUCAUCGAUAGAAGAAGAUAAUGCAUCAAGAAGACGAUACAAUAAAGAAUAUAAAACAAUUCACCUGGAGAAAGAGAUCUUGAGUAGUCUUCAUCAUCCACUUUUGCCAAAGCUUCAAGGACUAGUUGAAACCGAAAGGAUCAUCGGUUAUGCUAUCGAUUAUUGCCCUGGAGGCAACCUGCAUUCCCUGAGAAAGAAACAAACAGAGAAAAUGUUCUCUGAUAACAUCAUCAGAUUCUACGCUGCUGAAUUGGUCCUAGCAUUGGAAUAUUUACACGGAUUAGGAUUUGUAUACAGAGAUUUAAAGCCGGAAAACAUAAUGAUCCAAGAAAACGGCCAUCUAAUGCUAAUCGAUUUCGAUCUAUCAACAAAACUCCCUGUAAAACCUCCACAAUCAAUCCGUCAUACAACGAAACAAUCUGCGCCGGAAACUAACAAGAAGAAGAAACAGUUAUUCCGAUUUCAGAAAUAUCGCAACUCCGGCAUAUCGCCAGAAGACGAUUCAACAACAACAAUAACCGUACCUGAACUCGCUUCCAUCCCUACGAAAUCAAACUCGUUCGUCGGCACGGAGGAGUAUAUUGCGCCGGAAAUCAUACAAGGAAACGGCCAUGAUUUCGCCGUCGACUGGUGGUGUUUAGGUAUUGUUCUAUAUGAAAUGUUAUACGGUAUAACUCCUUUUAAAGGAACAAACAGAAAGGAUACCUUUAACAGAAUACUUCAUAAAUCGCCAUGUCUAGUCGGAGAGACGACGUUUCUACGAGAUCUGAUCGAGAAACUUCUCGAGAAGGAUCCGAUGAAGAGGUUAGGGAUUGAGGAGAUUAAACGCCAUGAUUUCUUUAAAGGUGUUGAUUGGGAAUUGAUCGGGAAGAUUUCUAGACCGCCGUAUUUGCCGAUUGAAGAAGAGGAGAUGAAAGAGAAUGGAGAAAUUGAUGUGGAGAGAUUUGUGCAGAGAGUGUUUGAAGAAGAAGAGAUGAAAGAAAAGGAAAGGACGGUUAUUGAUCAUAAGAAGAAUGUUCAGGAGCUAAAUCAACUUUAUGAACCUAAUCCUUUUCUUGUGUUUUAAUAACAAUUUUGUUUAGUUUAAAAUGAAAUAUAUAAAUAGUAUGAUAAAAAAA